CAUCAUGAGUGUCCAAGAGGUCCCGGGCUACUACUACGAUAAGGAGAAAAAGCGGUACUUCAAAAUUUUAAAACACGAGCUUCCAGAAUUUACUUCCCGUUCAAGUGUGAACACGAAAAUAGCGUCCGAGAUAAAUGCCCGCAAGUUAGACCUGAUAAGUGGCCGUAUACGUAGUCGAGAACACUUUAAUCUGCUGCGUUCGCUUAAUGCUCGCGAACGCAAUGCCUGUUGGUCUGCAAGUGACUUAUGUACCUUAACGGAUCAUCUUUCUGCCCAUUGCACAGACUCGGAUUUGAUACACGCACGGGUGAAAAACCUGAGUCCCAAGUUAUCCGACAAUAGCAUCGGUGCCGGUCGUGCUCUGUUUUCUCCUGAUGGUCGAUAUCUGUACAUAUUACAGCCAGGUCCUGAUCAGAUCUGUAUCUUAGCAAGCUACUCGACCGCCUACGAUCGACAGUCCAGGGCAGUGCGACGCGCUGUUUUUGGAGGAUUUCGCGCAAAGGAGGUCACAAAACUCUCACUUAAUUUUCUUGCUUCUAACAUGGCCUGGGUGGUUCCCGGACGCAAGAUAGGCUUACUUGGGGGCUCUCACUGGUCCCCAAAGGCCAUUCUGCAUGUCCUGUGUGUCGAGGGCACAGCAAUCCCCAGAGAAGCAGACAGUAUUCAGUUGACAUUCGCAACGAGUAAAUCCAUACAAUUUGCCACUCCCUACUUAUCCAUCGAGGCCAGUGAGAACAGCAGAGUGCCGCUCUACAUAUACAGUCGAAGUGAGAUUUUACGCUACAGAAUGGGGGGCGGUUACUCCCAAUUGCAUUUGCCAAUACCGCGUGACUGUUCUACUGGGAAAUCUUCGCCAGUUGCGGUUACUGCUUGCGCUCAUACCACUUCCACCAGAAAGGAAAGCAUUGAUGCGUCCAACGGGCUGUUUUAUGUGGCCGCCACGCAUCAAGGGGCACUGUGGCUAGACUUGGUUGAGGCAAGCCGUACACAAAGAAGGUUGAGCAAAUUUCUCAUCCGUUUCAAGUUGUGCCAACGGCACACGGACAAAUCGACAGACAUAACGUUUCUCCAGUCCCUCGUGACCGCUGGCGGGGAUCGUUUUGGUUUGCUUGUUGGGCGCCGUUCUGGCUUGCUUCAGCUUUGGGACGAUCGUUGGCCCGCAGGACCAGUUUUGAACUACCAUGGCUCUGCAACUGUGGAGAGCAACCGUACUCUUUGUGAAAUUGCUUCUCAUCAACCCCUGGUGCCGACUGUCUCUCCCGUUGAUUGUAAUAUGGUUGUAUCACCGCUUUUGGCAUCUGGACACAUUGGUAUUUGGAACCUACGUACAGGGGAGCCAAUCAACACAAUAGAAAUACCUUCCAUGAAUGUACGACAAGCAUCAACCCCACCACCCGUUUUAUUCUUUCGGCCAAAUUGGUCCGAUCCCGGUGGUUUACUCUCCAACGGACCAACAUUAAUGGCCUUUGAUCAGGGUACCUUACAUUGGUUUUGGGAAGAUGGCUUGUCCAAUGGCAGUUUCAACGUACUUCCAGCUCCUUGAUUUUUUCUGCAGCAGUCUAUUUCUCCACCCCAUGUAAAUACAGAUUUCACAACUUCCGUUCGACUGUUUUCUAUUUUCGCCUUUGGUUAUCAUCUGUCUUUUUCUACCUUCCAAAUGACCUCGAG